UUACUCUGACAGUUAAGUUUUUGCUAUGCGGUGGUGAACAUUUAUUGAAUUAAUUUGUAAACGACGGACGGACACGCCAGUUUAAAAAACCCUAUUAUGUUUUUAUAACAAGAAGAAUAAAAAAAGCAAAAAAUAAAAACACAAAAAAAAAAACAAACUACACACAAAUUAUUUGGAAUUUUGUGAAGAAAACAAAAAUACUUCAGAAAAAAAGAAGAAAAUUUGUGUUUAUAACACAAGAAGAAUAAAAAAAGAAAUUAUUUCUUUUUUUUUAUUGCAAACCAAUUGCUGAAGAUAAAGUUGUAAAGCAAAAGAAUAACAAAAAGAAAUAAGAGAAAAAACGAAAGAAUUAAAAAUUAAUUUUUUAGAUACAAAUUAAAUCAAGUGUAUAUUUUUGGUGCGCGGCCAUUUUUUUGUGUGCCUCUGCCAGCUUUUUUAAAUUCGUUGUCGUCGUUGUGUCGAAAAAAAACCCGAAGAAGGAGGCGAAGUAAAAAAAUUAAUAAAAAAAAGAUUUUGCAAGUGACGAAGUUUGUUUUUUGUUCAUUAAAUAAAUAUAGUCCAAAAAAAAAAAGAGCGCAAAUUAAAAAAAAUCGCAAAAAAGAAUAAAAAAAAUGCUGGUGAUAAUAAAUGAAACAUGUGUGUAAUUGAAAAUUGCUUACUUAUAAAAAAAUAUUGAAAUAUUUAACAACAACAUGCUGCAUACAAAGCUUUACAUAUAAUUUGCGAAAUAAAAAGAAUAGAAAAUUAAAAGUGAACCCACAAAAAAAAAAGCUGAAAAAAAUCAAUAAAAAAGUUUAAACACCUACUUAUUACAACAGUUCUAAGUACCUGGCCCUUUUUUAAGAUAUCUUGAAUGCCACUUAAAGGACUACAUAUUCUAUUCAUUGGACCCCCUCUUUAAAUAAUUCAAUUGGAACACGUGUUAUAACCCCCCCGCUAUACCAAUUGGUUUUUAAACAAUUUUUUUCAAUAAACACAACAGUUGAUAAACAAAACUCUUGCAACAGCAACGUGUUUGGUAAUUAAAAUUCCAGCAUUAAAUUUAAAAGCUGUUACCACCAACCAACCAACCACCCUUGCUCCAACUCUCUUAAAAAAAAGACUUCCCCCCUUUUCACAAUUUUAAAUUAUUCAUUUGUGCUUUUAACGCAUAUUAAUGGCUGAUAUUUCAGCCCUUACAGCGGCAGCAGCAACAACUGUUUAUCCUUCAUUAACAACGUCAGCCAACGAUUAUUUACAUCGCUCCACCAUUGAUCAAUUACGUUCGAUGAAUGAACGUGGCGUUCUCUCGUCGCUGAGUCAUUUGACCACAGCCGAUUUACGAACCGCACAAUUAGUGCACGAAUACAAUAAACCGUUUAAUAUCAAUGAGUUUCGUCAGAAUGUUGAGCGUUUGGAUUAUUCGUUGAAGAACGGUUUGGUGGGUGUUAAUUUGCAGCAGCAACAACAACAGCAGCAACAAUUGGUUGUUGAACAUCAACAGCAGCAGCAGCAACAACAACAGCAGGCCCACGAUCAACAGCAGCAGCAACAUCAUCAGCAACAGCAGCAACAACAACAGCAACUGAAACAAUCCUAUAGUCCACCAAAUUCACCGCAAACACCGAAUAUGGCGGAACAACCCGAACAGAAGUACGAUCCGAAUGCCAGUGUUGAACAUCAUCAUCAGCAGCAAAAAUCCCAUCGUUCACAUCAUCAUACCUCGCCGGAUGGACGUGAAACUAAACCCUAUAAAUGCACUCAAUGCACAAAAUCGUUCGCCAAUUCAUCGUACCUCUCCCAGCAUACACGCAUUCACUUGGGCAUCAAACCGUACCGCUGCGAAAUAUGCCAACGUAAAUUCACCCAAUUGUCACAUCUGCAACAGCACAUACGCACGCAUACGGGCGAUAAACCGUACAAGUGUCGUCAUGCCGGUUGUCCGAAGGCCUUCUCACAACUCUCCAAUCUACAGUCGCAUUCGCGGUGCCAUCAAACGGACAAACCGUUCAAAUGUAAUUCUUGCUACAAAUGCUUUACCGACGAGAUGACUCUGCUCGAGCACAUACCAAAACACAAAGAUUCGAAACACUUGAAGACACACAUUUGCAAUUUGUGUGGCAAAUCGUAUACACAGGAAACAUAUCUGGAGAAACACUUGCAGAAACAUGCCGAAAAGGCGGAAAAACAACAGCAAAGACAUGCCAAUCUCAAUGUACAGCAUCAUGUGCCGGCCGGCGGUAUAGGUUUAAGUUUGCAGCGUCAAGUGGUAAUGAAUGCGGCCGCCGUGGCUGGCGAUGCCAAUGCAGCCUAUUGGGCUAAAGUGGGGGCAGAUGGUGCCGUUAAUGCUGCCACCUUGGCGGAAGCCAUACAACAGCAACAGGCCCAAGCGCAGGCGCAACAACAGCAAAAUGGCUAUAACUUCACCACACUACAACAUCAACAGCAACAACAGGAAUUGUUGCAGCAUCAUCAACGUCUGGUGAAUGGUACCGCUAAUGGUGGUGGUGAUAGUGCGGCCAGCGGUAAUACGCCCAAUCACUCACAGAGUCCCAAUGAACAGGGUGAAGAUUUAGUGAUACGCCAGACAUCACAGCAGCAUCAUCAACAACAGCAGCAGCAACAACAGCAACAGCAGCAACAACAACAGCAGCAGCAACAUUCGCCCAAUAAUAUGGUGGUUGUGAAUUCAUCUGCCUAUGAUGUCAAGACAACAUCAGCUUUUACGCCCAUUCCCACUGCACCGACCCAUUUGCAAGCGGCCGCCUUGGCCCAACAGAGAGCACCUCCCGCUGCGGCGGCCUACAUUUAUCAGCAGAAUGCCGCGGCAGCUGCGGGCUUCCCUACACAACUAAUAUCGCUACAUCAAAUACGUAACUAUGCCCAUCAACCGGGAGCAGCCGCAGCAGCUGGUCUGCUGGCCGGUGAUCAUCUAUUGGGUCUAAGUGUGACUGCCGGUGGUGCGGGCAAGGACAAAACACAAUAGUAUCAUGCGAAGCAGGAGGAUAAUACAACAACAACAACAGUUACUAAUGUAACUAAAACAACCACAGCAACAACUACUACUACCAAUAAAAAGCACAAAUCGUUUAAUCAACAACAACAACCGCAACAAUCCCUACCACCAACAAUGACACUACAACAACAUCUGCAGCAACAACAGCGUAAACAACAAGAAUCACUUAAUGCCUCCACUGUAGUAAGCUGAUUUAAAAAUUUUAUUUGAAAAAAUUAAAAAAUUUUAAAUUUUUAUUUUUUUUCGUCUUAAUUUAGUAAAAAAAAGUUUUCUACUUUUUUUUUGAAAACUUUGAAACAUGCAUAUAAAUAUAUAUUACUAUUUUUCAUUUUCUUAUAAUUAAAACAAAAAAAUAAUAAUAAUUAUAAACACAAAAGCAAAUGUAGAAUAACAACAAAAACAUGUUAGUUUUAUAGGUAAACAAUUUGAAAUUGUUUUUUUUUUAUAUAUAGAAGCAAAGAAAAAAAUAUUUAAAAUUUAUAAUAAACAUAAACAGAAAAAUAUUAAGUAGAAUAGAAAUUCUAUAUCCACCAAACACUUCCACACAAAACACCAGGUAAAACUAUCUAGUAUUCCAAAGUGGUUGUUUCAAUUGUUUCGAAAUAACAGGGAAUAUUAGCUACUUUUACCUUUUAACUAGAAACAUUUUGUUUAGACCUUAAAACAAGAAAAGAUUUUGAGGAGAAGCUAAAGUAAAGUUUAACAAAAAAGCAGGACUUUCAGUUUUUUAAUAAGUAGUAGAAAAAAGUACUUUAUUAUUGUUGUUUAAAACAAAACAAAAAUAUUUAGAUCUUUUCAACAAAUUAACACUUUUUAUUUUAGCUUUAAAUUUCAUAAAAGUACAAUUUUUGCAUAAAAAAUUUAAUUUAAACAAAAUACAUAAUUUUUAACAUAUUUUUCACUACAAAUUUCAAAACAGUAGUAAAAAUACUACUUUUUUAAAUUAUGUUUUCUAAGUGAGAAAAUGGCAUUAUCAUGUUUAUUUUAGAGAAAUUUAACCAAUUUCCACAUUUUUAGCAAAUUUUAGAAAUAUUUGUAAAAAAGUAGUAAAAAACUAAAAUUUUUGUGCUAAACUUGAAAAAAAUUAUAAAAUAUAGGUUCCUUUAAUCCAGAUUUUAUGGAUAUUAGACAACAAUUACAAAAAGUAGUAGAAAUACUACUUUUUUAUUUUUUGUCUAAAUAAAAUUAUGCAAUUUUGUAUUUUUUCUUAAAAAACAAAAUCAUUUAAGUUUGGAAUGAAAUCUAAAAAGGUACUAGAUAUAGUACGUUUUUAAACUUUUGCACCAAAUUUGUAAAUUGCAAAACAAUUUCUAAUAUAUUUUCCAUACAUUUGCCACUUAUUUAAAAAAUAGUAGUAGAAAUACUACCUUUUUAUAUUGUAAUUAAUGUAAAAAAAUGUGUAAAAAUAAUUAAAAAUCAAUAUGUUUAAGGAAAUUUUAAUUUUUUUGAUGAUUUUUAACAAGUUUUUACACAAUUUAAAAAUAAUAGUAGAAAAAAGGUACGUUUUUCUUAUUUCUAGCCCUUUUUACAAAAAUUGUGUGAAAUCAAUUAAAAAUAUUUUUUUUAUGGAAUUUAUUUAUUUUUGAGGAUUUUUUACAAGUUUGCAUACAAUAUAAAAAUAGUAGUAGAAAAGUACCUUUUUCGUAAUUUGAGUCCUAUGGUUAAUAAUUGCAAACACUUGCUAUUUGAAAGACAAAUUAAAUUGUUUAAAGUUAUUUUAGCCAAUUUUGUAUAUAAUUUAAAAAGGUAGUAGAUUUGGUACUAUUUUAUUUAUUAACAAAUCACAAAACGUAGUAAAAAUAAAAAUUUUAGGGACAUUUAAACUUAUUUUUAAAGUUGUGAGCAGAAUUUGAUCAAUUUAAAAAUAGUAGUAGAAAAAGUACUUUUUUUAUUUUGAGCCUUAGGGUAUAAAUUUGCGAAUAAUUGGAAGUUUGAUGACUUAUAAAGAUGUUUCAAGUUAUUUUAACAUAUUUUUUAACAAUUUAAAAAAGUAGUAGAUUUAGUACUACUAUUUAUUUAUUAGCAAAAAGGCAGGAACAAUUAUUGAAAAAUAUUUUUUGAAUAAAGAAAUGUUAAAUUUAAUGUAUUAGAUGAUAUUUAACAAGUUUGUAUACGUUUUAAAAAAAAGUAGUAGAAAAAGUACUUUUUAAUUUUGGCUACCAUGUACAAAAAUUGCUUCAAAAACAAUUGAAAAUAUAUUUUUUAAGCAAAUAUAAAUAUUUUGUGGAGGUUUUACAUAUUUGUACACGAUUUAAAAAUAGUAGUAGAAAAAGUACUUUUUUAUUUUAAGCCUUAGGGUAUAAAAUUGCAAGUUGGAUGAUAAUUCAAGCUGUUUUAAGUUAUUUGAACAUAGUUUUUUAUUUAGUGGCAAAUUUGCAGGAAAAAUUAUAAUAACAUAUUUUUUGAGUAAUAAAAUGUUAAAUUUAUUGUGUUAAAUGAUGUUUAACAAGUUUGUAGACGAUUUAAAAAAAGUAGUAGAAAAAGUACUUUUUUUAGUUUAGUGUCUUAUGGCUGUUGGAAGAUUUAUUUAAACAUUUUAAGUGUAUUUGGAGUACUUUGCAUACAUUUAAAAAAAAAAGUAGUAGAUUUACUACUAUUUUUAUUUGACAACAUAAUUGCACAAAAAAAAUGAAAAAAUUACUUGUUUUGAGAGUUUAAAUAAAUUUUUAAAGUUUUUAGCAAAAUUUGUUAAAUAUGAAAAGAGUAGUAGAAAUACUAUUUUUUUUUAAUUUGCUGUUUUAAGUUAAAAGUUUGCUUAAAAAUCUUUAAAGCCUAAUAGCUUUAGUUUCCUUUGCUCCAGAAUCUUUUCUUGUUUUAAACAAAAAUAUAAAAUAAUUUCUUUGAAAAAAAAAAAAAU